AUGCUCAUAUAUAUAUCGUCUUGCGGUCAACGAAUCCUGUACAUCAUUAGUUGUCUUUGGCUACCUUUCCAUUCUCGUCUAAAAGCUUAUUACUACACUUGUUUUACUACCUUCCUUCGUUAAAUCGACAACGCUAUACAAUAUCAAAAUGCAUAGUUCUAUGGCUUCGUUCACAUUGCUUUUUGCAUUAGUUCCUGUAACUUUUGCGGUUAGCAUGACUCAUUACAAAGCCGGAAGUGGUGUGGAUGCUGCAUUUAAAUACUUUGUUGAAGAAUACUACAAGACAUCUGAAGACAAGGCCGCUGCAGACACAUUUACAAAUUUCUGGACUACCGAUGGCACAUUGCGUAUUGCAGGAAACAGCUAUCAGGGCUAUACGAAGAUGCUGGCCGUGAAGCAAAACCUUCUUCCAAAAGAUGGGAACAAGGCCUGGUGGCACCUUAUCAACGGAACUUCGGUCCGAGACGAAACGGCAGAUAACAAAACUAUUGUUGCAGAUAUCGUAAUUCAGACAACCUACACGCCGGGUAACUGUUCACAAGCGUAUGGUCAAGCUGCAUUUACAGUUCUGAAGGAUACAUCUGGGAAGGCAAGACUUAAAGCCCAUUCUCAAAGCCUGUAUUUGUAUGACUUGGUUGUUUCUACGACUGCAUCCCCAACUGAUAUCGAAUGCACUACUUAGAAUUUUCAAGGUAUUUUGGUUGUUUGUAGCUUGGCCUUUCAGUUGGAUUCAGUUCUAGUCAUUUUAGUUAAAUUUAGCUCUUGUUGG